AUGGAGAGCGUGACGACGAGCGCGCAGAAGAGCAGCACGGCGAGCGUGGCGGCCGCGUACAUGCUGGAGGAGCGCGAGUCGUCGGGGCAGUGCUGGUUGUCGAAGCCGCACUUCCACCCUGGCUUGGCUUCGCUUCGAGGAGGGCGAGCACUCACUGGUGUACUGUCCGCGGUCCUUGACGGUCUGGAUGAUGAGCGUGCCGUUCUUGGCGAGGCUCUCGAUCAUCUGCGCCGUGAGGACGCCCUCGCGCUGCUUGUUCUCCAGCACCGUGUGCAGCGCGUCCGCGUACAGCAGCACCGAGUCGUACAGAAUAAAACAUAA